UCAAUCCCGUUUACUCAGAAGUCGAAAUCGAAGUCGUCACAAAAUUGAUAAAAUUAUCUCAGCGUUCCAAACAUAAUCUCCUACCACUUUCAAAUCAAUCAAUAAUGUCGCUAAUUCCAAGCUUAUUCGGCAACAACAGGCGAAGCAACAGCCUCUUCGAUCCGUUCUCACUCGACGUUUGGGAUCCGUUCAAGGACAUGCAAUUCCCCUCGUCAUCGCUCUCCGGAGAAACGUCGGCGGUUGUGAACGCACGUGUGGACUGGAGAGAGACGCCGGAGGCGCACGUGUUCAAGGCGGACCUGCCGGGGAUGAAGAAAGAGGAGGUGAAAGUGGAGAUAGAGGAAGACAGCGUGCUCAAGAUCAGCGGAGAGAGACACGUGGAGAAAGAGGAGAAGCAGGACACGUGGCACCGUGUGGAGAGGUCUAGCGGUCAAUUCUCGAGGAAGUUUAGGCUGCCGGAGAACGUGAAGAUGGAUCAAGUCAAAGCCUCCAUGGAGAACGGUGUUCUCACUGUGACGGUGCCUAAGGUAGAGGCGAAGAAGCCCCAAGUUAAGUCUAUUGACAUCUCUGGCUGAGCCAAUUCGCUUGAGUACUCUGUUUCUGAGUAGUCUCUGUGUGUCAGUGUCAGUGUCAGUGUCAGUGUCAGUGUCAGUGUGAGUGUGUGAGGUUUCGUCUGAUUGUGGUUUUUCGUUAGAAUAUGGCUCUAUGUUAUUUGGUUGAUGUAUGUUUAACUUGGUUAUGUAUGCUAAUAAUCAAUUAGUGUCGUUUUAAUUUUUAA